AGAUUCAACCACGUGACUUAAUCAGCUGACAAUCGUAACACGGUAGCUGAAAACAAAAAUAAACAAAAGGGGGAAAAAAAGAUGGAGCCUAGGAUGGAAAAUAGGGUAGAUAUUCUCUCCCCGCUGGAGGAGUCCAGUGCCGAGGUGAGUCGGGACAGUGGCAUCGUGUCGCAGAGUGUGAGCAGUUUAUCCAUGUUGAGCGAGGCCCUAAGCAAUGGUACCGUGUCGCAAAGCCCCAGCUUCGACGCAGCAGUGUUGCGGAGUCCGAGCUUCAACUCCGAGGAAAGAGACACGGACCCAGACCACAACGAGGAGGAUGAGAUACUGAGACACACUGCCCUCAGUUACUCCUCUUACAUCAGAGAUACUGCUGGAGACGAGAUCCUGGGUUUGGAGAAAAGUCUGGAGGAAAUGCUUACUAGGGUGGAUGAAUUUGUUGGAAUGCUUGACAUGAUCCGCAACGACACAUCGCAGAUUGUCAACGAGAACCUACCUCAAAUACACAGAAAGUCAGAAGAGAUGAGGCAAAUAUACAGAAAGAUUGACAAGUUGGAUGUGUUUGUGAAGAUGGUGGGUGCCAAUGUGAAUGUCAUGGAGGAGCAUGUCACUCAGGCAGAGAAGGAACAAGGAACCCUGCCGGGCGCCUUCAGAAAGAUCUUCCGUACCAUUAGUGUCCCGAGCUUUCUAAAUAAACCAGCCAGCCCCAGAAGGCAGCAGCAUCAGGAGCUUCCCCCAGUGUUGAGAACAGAUGAUUAUUUCACCCCACACCCAGGACACUGAAAGUUUGUCUCAAAUGGCACCCUAUUCCUUACAUAUUGUAUUACCCAUUGUUUUCUGGUCAUCAAUAGUGCACUAUAUAGGGAAUAAGGUGCCAUUUUAGGAGGCUACUUGAAACAGAUACCUGCAGCUGCCACACAUCACACAUGCAAUGGUCAGCCUGACUCCUCUAGGUCAGGUGACCUCAGUCUGCAUGGCUGUCUUGACUGGACCAGAACCAUAGAUGGAUACGGCUCUGGACCUGACUACAGACAAUAAUACUAGUGUCCUCUGGACUGGAGGAUCUGACAGUACAACAGUUUCAACAAGCAAUAUAGUGUUGGCUCUCUCUCACUAUCAAGUGGCUGUGAAGACGCUGAAGAAAUCAGACUGGAUGCGGACACCUGAAAAAGGAAAAUUGUGUUAUUGAUCUAAAGACUUUUCUUCUUCAAGACUCUGUUUUUCAAGUGCCUCUGAGUGUUUCCCUUUAUUUUAUUGCGUGAUCACCUGUUUAAUUAAAUUGCUAUAAGGAAAAUGUUAUUAAUCAUCACACUUGUACUCUCACCAAUAGUAUGAUUUGAAGUAUAUGAUGUUCAAGCUUGAGUAAACCAUAACAUGACGUUUUUAUAAUG